AUGGGAAGAGGUGAGACAACGAGGGUUGGAGGUUAUCGAUUCUCCUCCAUUUCUGUUCUCGCGAAUACCUUGACUUUAUCAACGUUCAAGAUGGUGGCAGAGGCACCUUUUAGACCAAGAGAACAACUUCUUGAGAAGCAAAGAUUGUUUCAAAGCAUCCACAAACACACUCAUUUGAAAAGUCCAAUGGACAAGCUUACCUCAGUUGCCAUUCCUGUUGCUCUUGCUGGUUCUUGCCUUUUUCUCAUUGGUCGAGGUAUCUAUAACAUGUCUCAUGGGAUUGGAAAGAAAGAAUGAAAACUGAAGGCACACAUGAAAUGUUUACAGUUUUUGAAGCUAUUCUUGUUUUAAUUUAGACCUUUGUGUUGUUCAAGUUUUUAUAUGCUUUUAUGAAGUUUAAAUAAUUUGUUUGCACUUUGCAGUAGGUUGAACCACUGCAUUUUGACAUUGUACUUUCUGUUAUGGAGAAAUUCUUGAUCGUUGGAUGUUUUUUAGCAUGAUUUUAUCAAAUUUAAUUGGUAUCUAUCUAAUAUUUUGAAGUUUGGGG